AAAACGAAUGCAUUGUGAUUACGUGUGUAUUUUCAAACCGACACAGGGAAAUCAUUUUAUCUUUAAAAAAAAUGGCGUGAUUUACAAACCACGUCUGUGUUGAUCUUGGGUCUCCCUUAACAGCCCAUAAUCACUGAUAACGUAAUGUACAAAACGUUGCAACUGUAUUUCAGACGACCAAUCGCAGCGAGGAGGGAGACAGGCGACAGCAGACACGGGAUUUGCCACUAACGGUUUAUUAUUGGACUUUGAUGGCCACCGUCAAUCUCUCGGCGUUCUUAUUCCUAAAACAUUUACGCAGUUGCGUUUUUUGUUGACUUUCCAGUCCGAUCGAGAUAUUGGCGUUCAAUUGCGCAGCUAGAACGUGUUUAUUUUGUGGACCGAACUCCAUCACAUUGUCAUGGUGGCAACGACUAACGGUUUGACGUCUUGGAUUUUUUUUUCUUUGGGUGUUGUGAAGCCCUCCGAAAUAAUGCUGAAAAAGUAUAGAAAACCCUGAAAGAAAGCAUUUGAAAUGCACCACAUAUUCCUUGGAAUUUGAAUUUCCGAUAGUUUCAUUUUGAGAAAUCAAGAAGCAUUCGCCUCAUUACCUUUCAAGAACUGAAUAGGAAAAAAUGUUCGGUUUACUUGUGCGCUCGGUUUUCGAAGCUGGACAAGACAUUUUUCGCGGAUCAGUGCUGUCCGAAAUCGUCCAACAGUGGAUCGGUUCCAAUUUUUUAACUCUUGUCUCCGUGCUGCUUGGGGGUGUGGUUUUCUUUGUUAUUGUUUCGUUCAGGAGACGUGGACAGCGUGGGAUUUCUUCCACCUUCACUGUCGAUUUCAACAAUGCAGACGUCUCCCUCGAACAAGUCCUGCAAACACCCUUUCGCCUGACGGUGAAAAGGAGCAGACAGGACCCAACAAAGAAAAAAAGAAAAGAGAAGGAGAGAGACCAGCCAAACGGGCAUCCGGCCGCCGCGCCCGACGGCAGUAUUGCAGACAGCGAGGCCACACGGAGUCCUGCUCGCCCAGACGGCAAACCUUUGAAGCCUAAGAAAAAGAAAAGGAAGACUGAUGUUUCGGAGAAGAGAGUCGUCCUGCUGUCCAAUGACCUGUUCUCUACCAAGGACAGGACGGAGGAAGAGGAGACUGGGAUUUGGGAGAGGAAGAUGAGCAGCAGAGAGAAGAGGCAGAUGAGGAAGGAGCGGAUGAAGAGAAAAGAGAAUCCCAGAGGGGGGUCCCAACAGCGCCCCCCGAUGGCGGAGAUUCGUUGGAACGUCCCGCCCCACCCGGAGGGGGAGUGGCAGCCACGCCCGGCGGGGGGGGAGCCGCGGGGCCCGGAGGCCAGGUCGACUGGGGGCCCCCCCCGGAGAGAGGGGCGGCCCCAGGAGCCGGGGAAGGCGGAGAAGACGAGCCGCAGGGCGGUGGAGUGGGCGCCCCCUAGUGGGCUGGAGGAGGACAUCUUCUCACACGUGGGGACGUGGGAUUCGAAAGACGUGAAGGCCGAGCCUGUCACGUUCGGGACUGUCCCUGACCUGUCUUCUGACUUUGGCAACGGCUCAUCGCUUCCCCGGGAGGAGUGGAGCGCUCAGACGGCGUCUCUGGGCGUGGAGGACGCCUGGCUGAGUCUAGAGGACCCCUCUGAACUUGACCAGACGUCGGACUGGAAGCCUCCCAGAGAGGAGUGGGGUAACUGGGCAGGGGAAGACGGUGCCCUGGGGCAGGAGGCGGGGCAGACCCCGAUGGUAAAAAAGACAGGAAGAAGAAGAGGAGAAUGAGGAAGGAAACCUGACGUUGCCACCUGAAGCGGCCAAGUGGAUCACAGUUGGAGUACGAUGUCUCUACUUUACCUGGGAAAAGCUUCGCUUUUAGAAGGGCUGGCCAAAGAACAAUUACCAGUGCAGAUCGCUAGCGUGUGUGUGCGUUUCCGAGUGUGUGAGAGAGAAAUGGAAAGCGAAAGAGAGAGAGAGAGAGAAUGCAUGGGAGCAUGACGUGGAAACGAAAGAGUGACAGAGCAGGUGAAAGAGAGGACGGAGAACGAGAAUGCGUGAUGGAGGGAGAGAUAAAAAGGGAUGAGUGUGCAGAAGGUUCCAUUCCCAGGCACACCCUGGGGUGAUCCAUUCAUUGGCUGAGAGAAGGAUCUGGAGCUCAGAGACCUGCAGGAAACACGACCGGGGGGGGGAUGGGGGGGGGGCGAAGUGGGGGGGCAUUUCCCCACAGCACCGGUCGUGAAAACCCGCCGGCCGUAGAUCACCGCGUUUGAGCGCGGACCUCUCAAAAGAUGGGGCGGUAACCGUGGCGACCCAGCCCCCCCCCCCAGAUCCACCGAGGAGUCGGAUCAGAAAGAAGCCGAGCGCUGACUUCACGGGUUAACACUCCCCCCCCCCCCCCACGCCGCUGCUGCGCCCCCUCUCGCCCUGGCGACGGCCCUGCUAUAUUCGGCGUGAGACAAAACAACUUCCUGCGGAGGCGUGACUCCACCGAGCAUUUCUGUUCUCUGCUUUUUUUUUUGGUUUUUUUUUUUACAGUAAGUUUUUUAUUUCAACAAAAAUGUGCUUUAUUAUUUCUUUUUUUUUUGGCGCAAUUCAUUUUGGAACACUAGCAAACAAAUAAACAACCAGGGCUGGAAUACCGUUCUUCUCUUUUCAGAUAAAUAGAAUCUAAAUCUUGGCUGAGCACCGGGCGCCUUUGUGCCGAGCUGUUGCCAGGCCACGGCAGGAUAAGCGCAGCAGUUUCGGUACUGAUGUCGAGUCCAGUGGCCCCGCGGUGCCGCACGCAGAGAGCAGGUGUGCGUUGGUGUGCUUCCGGCGUGAGCGAAGAGCCUGAUCAGGAAAUGAACGCCUCCGCUGUGUAGCGUUUAGCCGCGGAGCCGCAGAGCAGCGCUAGCAGCGUUAGCCUGGCCGCUUCGGCGCCUCGGCGUGAGUUACACGCCUUGGCAUUCGGCGAUGUCGAUAAGAGAUGUUUGCCUUUCGUGCCCACUGGCGCAGGUGAACGGGACAAUCGCAUUUCGCAUCGAAGCUACGGAACUUCACAGAAGUUAAUUCGCUCGCUAGCAGCGCUGGCUGGCCCGAGUGGCUGGAGCGGCGGCAGCCAAUCCCGUUCCAGGAGAUUUAGUGGACCGUCCUGCAGGUUUUCAUUCCAACCCUAAUCUGGCACACUUAUGACUCUGCUUGUUAGCCGCUUGUGAAGAUCUCUAGCUGUUGAAUGAGGUGCGCUUUGUUAGGGCUGGAGUGAAAACCUACGGUGCGGUGUACCCCUAGGAAGAGGGUUGGUUACCACUGGACUUGAGUGAGUGUCAUUACAUUACAGGCAUUUAGCAGACGCUCUUAUCCAGAGCGACGCACAUUGUAUCCAGUUAUACAGCUGGAUAUAUACUGGAGCAAUGCGGGUUAAGUACCUUGCUCAAGUGUACAGCGGCAGUGUCCUACCGGGGAAUCGAACCUGCAACCUUUAGACCAACUCCUUAGCCAUUAUACUGCGCUGCUGCCCCAGAGCGUCCAGAGAAAGAGCGCAGGGUCUUUGGAGCACUGUGGACUGGGCAGCCUGCUCUUGUUUCCGUGCAGUGGGAACACCCCGCUGUUGCCAAGCGCCCUGUUGCUAGGGCACUGUAUGGAGCUACAUGCACGGAGUGCUCGAGUUUGCUCGAGCCUGCCGCCGACGUGUCACCUGGAGAUUCAUUUAGCUGUCGAGAUGCACAGAAUGGGGACGGCCUCUCCUCUUGUGCUUAGAGAUUAAACUUCCUUGCGGCUGCUUUUGUAAGAACAAGUGUGUUCUCUGUUUGCUAAAAUUGACUCGAGUGUUAAUCUGAAGUGAUAUAUCCACUGAGAGGAAGAAACCUAUAAUUUUUUUUUUACAAUA